AUGACUAGUUUAGACGAUACAAUAAUAUCGUACCAGAAUUUAAUGUUACUGGAUAACAUGACCAAUUACAACAAGCCAGCUAUUGACUACUUCCAUCAUGAGUUUAGUGAUGCGAGUUUGGAAAUGCCGGCCUCUUGGACACUACUGUUGAAAAUGCGUAAGCACAAAUUACUUCGACUCCCGAGCUGUUCCUCCGAAGACUCGCUGGAUUACAAUAUGUACCUCGUCAGACUACACCACUGUCUAUGGAGGCGUUGGUCUAUAAACCAUUACGGUUUGCAAAACUCCAAGUCAGACCCGCUCUCUAUCAACUGGAACAAGGAAACCGACGUAACCGUGCUGUAUGGUCCGGAUUUGACUAACAUAAAUAACGUUGAAGACAAAAUGUGGCCUACACAGCAACCGAGUGGACAGAAGCAACCAAAGAAUUUAAAAUCCGCAUUGAAAAAAAAUCCAGAAAUUAUAUUCGAGGAGGAAAUCAACCAGUUCAACACACCAGACAACAACGAUGUUCUAGGACAGUUCGAAGAUAUCUCAUGCGCAUCAUCUGUGGACUCUCACACAUCAUCUAUUUUCGAUCAACAUUCUACAUGUACUAAGGCCUCUUCAAUAAAUGAAGAUGUAGAAGACUUUGAACUAGAAGAAAAAGAACGCCUCCCCAGGAAAUUGAAGUUCAACGAAGCUGUGAUGAGAAGAGACAUUGAUUCUAAAGGCGCAAUUCACGAGUCCCUUGUCAAUAUAAACGAUGUACAACGUCCUCGUCAUCAUCGCCGUCACCAUCAUCGUCACCACCGCCACCACCACCAACAAACCCCCCGCACCGAUGAAAGAAUAAAGAAAACAUAUUCUGAAUUCGACAACUAUUCAUUCGGCGCCAUGGAAGAUGAUGACAUUUUCUAUAAAAACCAAGUUGUUUUCUAA